CACUGUCCUGACAGCACUGAGCAGGGUGUGCUUGAUUUCCGUCUCAGAGCAGGAUGAGUGUUGUGAAGCGAGCGGUGUUGCUGCUGCUGCUGCUGGCGGCCGUCAGCGUCAGCGCUGUGCCGGAAGACUGUGACACUCUGAAGACCGUGUCCAGAGAACACCUGAGCCAGGUUUUCGGGGACUGGGUUCUGGUCUGGUCCAUCUCUAACAAUGAGAACAAAACUUCCCUGCUCACCAACCUGAACAGCUCCUUCGUGGAGCUGCAGCUCACCUCUGACAACAGCACCCUCCUGUUUAAAGAGCGGAACCAGUUCAAGGACAUGUCCUGUACCAAGUACGUCAUAAACCUGACGAUUCCGUCUGAGGCCUCUGAGAAAUGUCAGCUGACGUCCACCGGCGGCACGUUUGAGAAGGACGGUGUUGAGACUGUGUAUGAAACAACAGCCACUGUGGAGUUCUACGAGACCUGCAAGGACUGUAUGACCAUGUUCUACAAUGGCACCGAGGGUCACUUCCUGCUACACUACAGGAGAGAGGGACAACAUCAGGAUGCUGAGCAGUGGGCCUCGGCCCACGAUGACCACAAGAAGCUGGCAGAGUGUCUGAACUUCCCUCAUGACAACCCGUUCAUCUACGACGGAGCUGCAGAUCCCUGUCCUAAGACGGCUGAAGCGCCGGUGGCGGCUGAAGUGCCGGCGGCGACUGAAGCGCCGGCGGCGACUGAAGCACCGGCGGCGGCUGAAUCCUAACUGUCCUGAGUGAAGACGGACAAUCAUCAGUGUCUCAGACGUCACAUGUGUCCAGUGAAGCAGAAUUUGAUUUGGGGCCCCCCUCCCACCACUGCAGAGUCACCUGUGCAAUUAUUGACACAAAUGAAGUGACUUAUUCAUUCAUUCAUUCAUUUAUGUCACUUCUUUAAUUCAUUUAAUAUGUCAAUAGAUAAAUAAAUGAUAUUCUUGACUGGGGUUCCCCUGGUGGCCAGGGGGCCCCAAGCAGCUGCUUAGUUCACUUAUGCCUCGAGUCGGCCCUGCAUGUGUCCUUCACUGAUCAAUAAAGACAAAGUGAGACAG